AUGUUGCUGACACUUGUGAAACUGAUGAGUCAGUCUCCCCAGCUGGGAGCGAGAGGCCGGGAAACACGGUCUUUCACUCCCACAGACACAGGUGGACUUGAAACUGGCCACGCCCCACUCCCAGGUGAAUCCACCGUCACCACGAAGCCAGAAAGGAGACAAAGGUUUCAGCUGUUGCAUCCUCUCCGACUGCAAACACCAGGCAGGAUGGAGGCGUGUAUGAUGAAGCCAGAAGUCAAAAACAGACCAAAGCCGCCUAAACCUCCUCCAAAGCCUGCUGAGAUUAAGCGAAAGGACCCAGAGAGCCUGGAGAAACCAACUCCUGUGGUGCCUCCACGACCUACAGACACUGAACUGACUCAUACACAAUACAGAAUGAAAAGAACAGCAGCAAACAAUGAGACAAAUAGAAACUUAAAACAGGGAGAGACAAAGAAGAAGUCAUCUGAAACUCCUGUGGUUCCACCCAGACCCACAGACGAGGAACUGAAUGCAACCAGCAGAUACAGCCAGCGGAGGAGGGUACAGACUGAGGACACAGAGAGCUCCAGAGAAAAUGAUCAACCAGAAGCUGCUGAAGUUCCCAAAGAUGAGGCCGAUUUCAAACAGAGUAAUCCGUCGGUCCUGACUGGAAUGUUUCGCCGGAGCCAAAAAGAGAAGAUGCCCACGUUCACUAGUUAUGUGUUUGACGACUGCGGCGUAGAGGAAGAAACUGGUAACGUCCAGGCAAAACAGGCUCCUGGCAGCAAACCGGGCGGUCUGAAGGGAGUAAUGAAAGGUUUGCAAUUCAAGUCGUCACCAAAGGCCAGCAGAGAUCCAAGUCCAGUUCCCAGCACAGAGGAAGGCGUCUCAGAAAAGGAACAAUCCACAGAAAAAAAUGAGCAAGGCAAAAAUGCAGAACCCAAACAGGACAAAGGAGGUCUGCUGGCUGGGAUGUUCCGGAAAACACCCAAAGAGUUGUCUCCUGCGCUGACGGUCAGCAGAGCGGACAGUGAUUCAGAAGAUGGAGGACAAGACGAGAAAACCUCUGCACAGCCCCAUGAAAAGGGAGGCUUCUUCUCCAGCAUCCUCAAGAAAUCCAACAAGCCAGCAGAUGAGACACCUGCACAGGAGGAUCUGAGCGCUCACAGUGAGCUGUCGGCCAGCAGCGACAGUCUGUCUGAAAACAGCAACAAGGAAAAAGGAGGAAUAUUCAGCGGGAUGUUCAGGAAGUCUCCCAAACCAACAGAUGCUGCUCAGACCGACGAGGACCAACAGUCUCUGCACGAUGAUCUGUCAGGCAGUAACGAUAAUCUGUCUGAAAACUCGAAGGAAAAAGGAGGAUUUUUCAACGGGAUUCUCCGCAAGUCUCCAAAACUUCCUAGAGAGGGGGCACCCGGGCAGGAUAAAGAGUUGCUGCAGAACGAGCUGGCAGCCAGCAACGAGAGUCUGAGUGAGAAGAGCAACAACACUAAAGAGAAAGGAAACGUUUUCAGUGGGAUGUUCAAGAAAUCUCCCAAACUGUCAGAGAGGCCACGGCUGGAGGAGGGCGCAGAGUUGUCUGGUGAACUCUCUGCCAGCACCGACAGCCUAUCAGAGAACAAGGAGAAAGGUGGUUUGUUCAGUGGGCUCCUCAAAAAGACCAAAACAACCAGAGAGGAGAAUCUGUCGACACAGAAAGAUCUUUCAGGCAGCAGUGACAGUCUCUCUGAGGCUGCCAGCACUAAGGAGAAGGGAGGUGUGUUCAGUGGGAUGUUCAAGAAGUCGACCACACUCUCAGACAGUCCUCCCACAGAGGAGGAAAAACAGGUGCUAGACGAUGAACUGUCAGCGAGCAGUGAAGAUCCGUCUGAGAACAACACAAAGGAAAAAGGAGGAAUAUUUAGUGGAAUAUUCAAAAAGUCACCCAAACCGACAGAAGCUGCUCAACCUGAGGAGGAUGAGGGUCUGGAUAACAAGUUCUCAGCCAGUACUGAAAAUUUAUCGGAGAACAAACAGGAGAAAGGUGCAGGACUGUUCAGUGGACUCCUCAAAAAGACUCCCAAAGCAUCAGGGGAAAGGACAGAGUCACCGGACACAGAGGCUCAGAACGAGGUGCCAGCCAGCAGCGAUGACCUGCCUGAGAAUAACACGGCCAAGGAGAAAAAUAUCUUCAGCAACAUGUUUAAGAAGCCACAGAAACCAGCAGAGGGCGCUGCAGCAGAAAAGGAGCAGGAGGUGAACAGUGAAAAUCUGCUAUCGGGUAGCUGUGAGAAUCUGAUUGUUCCGAAGGAGAAAAAAGGAGGCCUGGCUGGCAUAUUCAAAAGAUCGGCCAGCAUCGAAAACCUGUUUGACGAGGAGAAAGGUGGACUGUUCAGUGGACUUCUCAAGAAAACACCUAAAGCGUCUGGAGAUGAGGCAGCUGCAGAGGACAAAGACGAGCAGAGGGAUCUGUCAGCAAGCAAUGACAGUCUGUCAGAAAACACUAACACCAAGGAGAAAAGUAUUUUCAGCGGGAUGUUUAAGAAAACUCAAAAACCAGCGGAGGGGACAACAGAUGAGGAAUCAAACACAGGCGAGGAUAAGCAGUUAUCUGGCAGCUUGGAAAACCUGUUAGAAGCAAACACAUCAAAGGAGAAGACAGCAGGAGGACUUGCAGGAAUCUUCAAAAAAUCUCCCAAACUGGCUCCACGCUCGGUCACUACUAAGGAUCCACUCAGUGACACAAAGGAGCUGUCCACCAGCUGGGACAAUCUCGCGGACGCUGCCGAGGAGGAUCUGUCUGCACUUGGUGAUUUGUCUGGCAGUAACGAUAAUCUUUCUGAAACUGGAAACACUACAAAGGAGAAAAAAGGAGGGUUCACAGGGAUGUUCAGGAGGACGCCCAAACCUGUGGAUCAACAGGAAAGCGAAGACAUGGAGGCACCAGAAGGAGGUGGGCUGAGGCGCAGGAGGACGAUCAAGAAGAAAAGACGAGUUGUGUCUUUCCGAGUCAAGAAAACUCUUCCCAAAAUACCCAAGCUUAAUUUAUCAUCACAGGCUUCAGAUAAGAUGCCCAUCGUUGAGGAGACCGUGGAGCUGCAGGAGCUGAGCCCAGCGCAGGAGAGCACAGUGGAGGUUCAGCCUGUAGAGAUGGCAGCUUACCCAACUGAAGACAACCCUCUUGAGUCUGAGGAGGAAAGCGAUGAACUGAUGGAGUGGUGGAACACGGUGAAAGGUUGGACGGAGUGGAACGAGACAUCCAAUUUCCAGGCGGACGAAGAAGAAAUGGCUAUGGAGCAGGCAGCUGACCGUGUCUACAUGGCAGCUCGUCUCUUUGUGCGUCUUUUCAACCAGCGGGGCGCGUCCUUACAGCAUCACAUCCUGGAGCUUUUGGCUCUGGCUGACGCCGCGGAUCAAUUCCACAAGAAAACAGUGACGGCUGCUGUGGGCGGAGGGGUGGCCAGUGUCGCGGGCAGCGUGGCUACAAUCACAGGGCUCAUUCUGGCGCCUUUCACUUUUGGUGCCUCUAUUAUUGUCACGGCAGUGGGGAUCAGUGUGGCCACCGCAGGCAGCAUCACAUCAGCAACGGCUAACAUCACAGACACGGUUCACUCUAACAUGGACAGAAAGAAGGUGGAGAAGAUGAUCCAGGGCUACCAGGAGGAGAUCAAAGACAUCAGGGAGUGCCUGGAGUUCGUGCAGGAAGGUAUGGACACUCUGCAGGAGUGGGACUUUGAGAAAUAUUCUCAGAGUGCUGCCAAAAAGGCUCUGAACCACAACAUUAAACAUGUGAUGAAGGAGGGCGGCCGCGCUGGGAAAGCCCUGAUGAUCAACACUGACAAACUCAUCAGCACUGUGCAGGUUCUGGGCGCUGCAGGCGGUGCCGCCAAAGCUGCCCAGGCCAUCAGCGUCACCACGGGGGUCAUGUCGGCCCUCUUCCUGGCUCUGGAUGUUUUCUUCCUCGCCAAAGAUUCCCACGAGCUCCGCAAAGGUGCCAAAACCAAAUUUGCCAGCAAGAUCAGGGAUGUUUGUAAAGACCUUCAAGAUGGUCUCCUGGAGCUGAACAAGGUAAAGACGCAGCUGCAGAAAACCAUGGACGGCAUCGAGGUGGAGGAGUACGAGGAGAUUGAGGAGGUGGAGGUCGAGGUUGAAGACGAUUUGGAGUCGGAUCCAAAGAAGCUGGCUGAGCUGGAGCAGGAGCUGGACCUCCUGGAGGAGAAACUGGACAAGAAGUUUGAGGAAGAGCAGAAGAAGAGUAAAGAGAUUGAGAAGGGAGGUCUGAAAAGUAUGAAGGAGGAGAAGAGUGUGACGGAGAAAAGAGAUCCAGAGAAAAAGGAUGAGGAGGAGGAAGAAGAAGAAACAGAGGAAGGUGGUGCAAAGAAAAAGGGAAAGAAGGAAGGUAAGAAGGACAAAGGGAAAGAAGGAAGCAAAAUUGAAUCCAAAUUAGUGAAAAUACCUGAUGAGGACAAAGAGCAGAAAAAUGAGAAAACUGGCAAAUCAGAUAAAGAUGAAGCUUUAAAGGAACAAUCUCAGAAAGGAAGCAAAAAGGACAAAGAAACUGAGAACAGAAUAACAGCUGGAAAAGAGAAAUACGACAACAAGCAAGACAAGGCAGAAGAAGACACUGGUACAAAUAAAAAGAUGGAUGAAAAACAGAGAAAGGUGGAUGUAAAAGAACAGAGUGAAGUUGAGAGCAAAUCAGGUAAUUUAAAACAAGAGGACAGGAGCGGGAAGCCGAGUUCAGAUAGGGUCAAAGCAGAGAGAGAAAGUCAAAGAAGCAAGAGCAGCAGAGGGGAUGAAAUGGGGAUAAAGCCUGAGUGGAAAACAGGGAAAAAAGAGAAAGAGGACGAAAGUGGGAGUACGAGGAGGCAUAGCAGCAGAGGUGACCACGACAGCAAAAGGGGGAGUAAACAUGAGAUAAGAGAGACUGAUAAGGAGAGAGGAAGCAGCAGCAGAGAUGUGGAGAGACUCGCUAGAAAAGAAAGUGACAGGACAGAGAGGGGGAGUAGGACUGAGGAGGAGAGAGGAGUAAAAGACUGGAGAGCUGAGAUGACAAAAAGUAGGGAAGAGAAGAGAGAAAGUAAAGGGGGAGGGGCGAAACAAGAAGAUCAUGGGAAAAAUGAUGUGAGGAAAGAGUCGCAUCGAAGUCAUGAAACUGCGACGAGGAGGGAAAGAGGGUGGGCGAGCGGCAGGGAGGAAUCAGACUCACCGAGGAGUCACUACAGGAGAGGGACGGCCCCGCCAGACGAGAAACGAGGGAGCCGAGUUGAGAGCGCGAGAGGGCAGUUUGAGAGAGCAGGAGGUGAGGAAGGGGAGGAGAGGAGGAAGAGGAGAGAGGAUGGAGAGAGUUGGAGGAGGGACAGAGAUAGGAAAGGAAGUGACAGAGAGCAUGAACACCGCAGAAGAUCUCGAUCCAACGCUCUGCUGGAAGACGGGCUGUAUAUUUAAUUUUAAUGGAUGUUAUUCUAUGUUUUCUUUAUUGUGACCAAAUUACAUGGAAAAACCAAAAUCAACAAUGUGUUAAUUCGCCUCUCACAGGGCCGUGUGUGUGUGAAAUCGUUUCAGGAGUUUAUUAAGCUACCGCCACCUUCAGUGGAUAUUACGAGAAGAAGCAAAAACAAAGACUCAGGAUUCAGUGAGAAAUUUUGGCCCAUUUCUAGAAUCUUGUGUUAAAUUGAG